AUUAAACGCCUGGCUGAUUUGCCUGAUAAUGAUAGCAUUGACGUCCUGCUCCUUGACAAAUGCAAGCCCUAUGAGCCCUAUGAAUUAACUUUUUUUCCCAUAGAUGAGAACUAGCUAGCUUUAUGACUCGUGCAUGUAGCAGUGCUUCUCUGACAGAUUGCUUGAAACCUCUUUGCUUCUGCAGCAACCCCCUUCCCCAAACCCCGCUUGCGUUAGGCUGCUCGUGCACCCCUGUGCAGUGUGGGCCUGAUGCAUGGAGCUGCUGAUUUCUCAGCACUUCCACUGACUUGGGAUGGAGUUGUGGGGUCCCGGCUGCUGUGAUUUGGGGGCCCUGUGUUCAGCUUUCCUGUUCUUUUUAAUUUUUUAAAGUUGGUCAGCUGACGAGGGCUCUGUGAUUUCUCGUCAUUAUAAAAAUGCUUGUCAGUAGCUUGAGAUGUUUGUCCUGCUCUGUUCUGUUUUUUCCCCUUCCUGCUCUCCUUUUGUAGUUAAUCUUCUUGUGGAUGUGCUGUUAAUAUUUUUAAUCUUUUGAACAAAAGGAUCAUAAAUGAGUUGUUUAAAGUUUUCAGAAUGUCUCAGAGAGAAAAUGUCUCCAGUUGGUAACAAGUGCUUGGAGAAUCGGCUGCUGUCUCAGCCCCAGCACUGGAAGGGAAUCCUCCUGGUGCAGCUGAUCCAGCCUGCAGCUGGGGACACUUUCCCUUUCUGCUCUGUCCUCAGGUUUUGCUUGUGCCUUUGAGUUUGUAUCACCACAGUUGCGACCUUCAGUACGUGUCCUGUGUCUCUUAAGGAUUUCCUCAGCUGGGGAACACGUUCCUUGGUUUAAGAGUAACCGUAAAGAAUCUGCAAGAGCUUCCAUCAUCCAUCGGUAGAAGAAUUAAACCUCACUGGACUCCGGCUAGCUAGAUGGGGAAACUGAGGCAAAGAGGUUAAAGGGCCUCUUCCAGCCGCGGAGUGAGUUGAUGUCUGUUCCUGCUCCCUAGACAUGUGCACAGACUACUAGACUUCACUGCUCCGGCAGCAGGGAAGUGGGACGCCCCUUUGGCAAUCUGUCAGUGCCAACCUGAGCUGCAUCCAUUUGCUGGGUAUUUUCUAAGCUGACUGACAGUCCUUAAAACAAGUAUGCAGUUAAGCUGCUAAGAGAUGGAGGAAGCUAGUUUGUGCCUUGGUGUUUCUUCAGCUGUGCCAGAAGCUGACGCCCAUCUCAACAGCACCAUACUCAAUGGGCAGUAUUCAAUGAGCCAGAAGCUGCACCAGAUCACUUCCCAGCUCAGUCAUGCCUUCCCGGAGCUCCAGAACAGGCAGAAUCCAGAGGAGAAGGCAUCAGCACCGCUAGAAGACAAAAGCCACAUGUCCAUAGCGAACCAGCCCAUCAGCAGUCAGAUGGCACUGUUAGCAAACCAGCUCAACAGAGAGGUUGACACCAGUUUGAAUGGGCGCGUAGAUCUGCAGCAGUUCUUAAAUGGACAAAACCUAGGGAUUAUGUCUCAGAUGAGCGAUAUAGAGGAUGACGCCAGGAAAAACAGAAAGUACCCAUGUCCCCUCUGUGGAAAGCGCUUUCGAUUUAACAGCAUUCUGUCGCUGCACAUGCGCACUCAUACCGGAGAGAAACCAUUUAAGUGUCCAUACUGUGAUCACAGAGCAGCUCAGAAAGGCAACCUGAAGAUACAUCUGCGUACUCAUAAACUUGGAAACCUCGGCAAAGGCCGUGGAAGAGUCCGAGAAGAAAACAGACUUUUACAUGAGCUGGAGGAGAGAGCAAUUCUUCGGGACAAGCAGAUGAAGAGCAGCCUCUUGCAGCCGAGACCUGAUGUGAAAGCACAGCAGCAUGCUCAGCCAAUGCCUCUCACAAAUUGCAACUUGUCUGUGCCAGCUAAUCACAGUACACCUGAUAUUUCAAACCCUGUUCCCUCUCCAAAGCCAGUCAGUGUCCAGGAAGAAGUUGUUGCUCAGACAGCUGGGUUCAGAUGCACAUUUUGCAAAGGCAAGUUUAAAAAGCGAGAAGAGCUGGACAGGCACAUAAGGAUCCUGCACAAGCCUUACAAGUGCACCCUGUGUGACUUCGCUGCCUCGCAGGAAGAGGAGCUGAUCAGCCACGUGGAGAAGGCUCACAUAACCGCAGAGUCAGCACAGGGCCAGGGCUCCAAUGGGAAUGGGGAGCAGUCCACCAAUGAGUUCCGCUGCGAGGUGUGUGGCCAAGUGUUCAGCCAAGCCUGGUUCCUAAAAGGCCACAUGAGGAAGCACAAGGAUUCCUUUGAACACUGCUGUCAGAUCUGCGGGAGGCGAUUCAAAGAGCCUUGGUUCCUUAAAAAUCACAUGAAAGUUCACCUGAAUAAGUUAUCUGUCAAGAACAAAUCUCCUAAUGAUCCUGAAGUACCUGUCUCCAUCAGCAGUAUGUCCCAGGAAGCCCAUGCAAACUUGUAUUCGAGAUACCUGUCCUGUUUGCAGAGUGGGUUUCUUCCUCCUGACAAAGCGAGCUUAAGUGAACAAAAUCAAAUCUAUAACAAAGGAGACAUGCCCAUGAAAGAGAAAGAAGUCUUGGGAAAGCUCCUUUCACCCAUUUCUGGCAUUGGCCACGGUAUUGCUGAAGGGGAUAAACACUCUUUAUUGGGCUGUCUCAAUCUGGUGCCUCCUCUGAAAUCCAGCUGUAUAGAAAGGUUACAAGCUGCCGCCAAAGCAGCAGAGAUGGAUCCAGUAAACAGCUAUCAGGCCUGGCAGCUUAUGGCAAGGGGAAUGGCCAUGGAACAUGGCUUUUUGUCUAAAGAGCAGCAGAUACAGCGCAGCCAUGAAGACACUUUGGCAAAUGCUGGAGUUAUGUUUGAUAAGGAGAAGCGGGAGUAUGUGUUAGUAGGAGCAGAUGGCUCUAAGCAGAAAAUGCCUGCUGAUUUGGUUCACAGCACUAAAAUGGGCAAUCAGAGAGACUUGCCAAACAAACUAGACCCUUUAGAAGGCGGUAGAGAUUUUUUGUCACAUGGUAUGAACCAGGGACUCGAUUACAACUUACAAAGUCAUGGAAACGUAAAAGAAAAGCCAACUGAAUGUCCGGACUGCGGGAGGGUUUUUAGAACAUACCACCAAGUGGUUGUGCACUCCAGGGUCCACAAAAGAGACAGGAAAGGAGAAGAUGAAAUAAUCCAAGGGAGUCUCGAUGAACGUCGAGGGUCUGGCAGCGAUCAAGAGUCGCAGUCUGUCAGCAGGUCCACGACCCCAGGCUCCUCUAACAUUACUGAAGAAAGCGGAGUAGGUGGGGGUCUCUCACAGACGGGGAGUGCCCAGGAGGACAGUCCACAUCCUUCCUCGCCCUCCUCUUCAGACAUUGGAGAAGAAGCUGGGAGAUCUGUAGGAGUCCAGCAGCCAGCUUUACUGAGAGACAGGAGCCUUGGUUCUGCCAUGAAAGACUGCCCAUAUUGUGGAAAAACAUUCAGAACAUCACAUCACUUAAAGGUCCACUUGAGAAUACAUACAGGUGAGAAGCCUUACAAGUGUCCGCAUUGCGAUUACGCUGGUACUCAGUCUGCAUCCCUCAAGUACCACUUGGAGAGGCACCAUCGGGAGAGGCAAAAUGGAGCGGGGCCACUCUCUGGGCAGGCUGCAAGCCAAGAACACAAAGAAGAGACAUCAAGUAAAAGUUCUGUGUUUAUUAGACCAGAUAUACUGAGAGGAGCCUUCAAGGGGCUUCCUGGUAUCGAUUUCCGAAGUGGCAUGGUUUCGCAACAGUGGACGUCAGGAAUGCUGUCUUCUGGAGAUCAGCAAGGACAAGCAGCUGGCAUGUCAUCUGAAGCAUCUUCAGAAAACAUGAAGGGUUCUGACAUAUCUUCCAAAGGAGCACACUUCUCUGAACUUGGCCGUGCUUACCAGAAUAUGGUUGGGAAUGGCGUGAACUUUCAAGGGUCUUUGCAAGCUUUCAUGGACAACUUUGUCCUAAAUUCUUUGAAGAAAGAAAAAGAAAUGAAGGAUAAAGCUCUGUCAGAUCCACUUUCAGCAAAAGCUCUGGUCUCAGAUGGAGGUGAGGAAAAGAUCAAUAGCAAGUCCUCCCAGAGAAAAACCGAGAAGUCGCAAUAUGAACCUCUUGACUUAUCUGUAAGGCCAGAUGCAGCCUCCCUCCCAGGUUCAUCUGUUACUGUGCAAGACAAUAUUGCUUGGCAUGGCUGCUUAUUUUGCUCCUUUACCACUUCAUCUAUGGAACUAAUGGCUCUGCACCUCCAGGCCAAUCACUUGGGCAAGGCUAAACGUAAGGACAACAUCAUAGGGAACAACAAAGAGCAAUCUAGAGAAGCUUCAGCCUCAGUUAACAAAGUGAGCUUGCUCUCCUCUUCUGUGCAGUCUAGCAAAGAGGCCGUAGUUUCAAACAUGCUUAGCCAGCUGGACUCAGCUUCUGAGAAAAUGACCCAAGGACAAAAUAAGGAGACCCUGGGAGAGCAAAAGAGCUCUGCCUGGCCCAGCCACAUGGAAUCCACUUUUUGUAAUUUUACAACAGACUUCUAUAAGCAGUUUGGUGUUUAUCCUGGUGUUAUUGGCACGGGAACACAAAAUUCUUGCACCAGUAAUGAAUCUGAAAUAAAACCACAGUCUGAAGAUGACCCAAAUAUUCUGCUCUCUGACUCUGUAAAUAAAAGUGCUACUGAUGACCUUUCUGACAUAGCUUCAUCUGAGGAUAUGGAAUCUUCCAAGGAGGAAAACAUUGAAGAUGAGGACAUUGAAACAGAACCAGAUAUUAUGAAUAAGCAGUUGUCUGCCCUAAACAAGGAAAGCAGUGAAGGAGGCGACAACAUACAAAGUGCGGUCACCUCACAGCCAGCACAAGGGCUCGUAUCUCCACUGCCACAAGCAUCAGAAAAGCAGUGGCACAAUCAGAGUCUUCUGUCCUCCCAUGAAACUGCACAAGGAGUGAUGAAACCCGAACAAGUUCAGGGUCCGCAGGUCCUGGAGAAGCAGAUGAACAUGUUGUCAGUCCUAAGAGCUUACAGCUCUGAUGGCUUAGCAGCCUUUAAUGGACUUGCAAGUAGCACAGCAACUAGUGGAUGUAUCAAGAGACCUGACUUGUGUGGUGUCAAAACCAAAAGGAUUGUAAUGCUAACCCCUUCAGAACUACCACGAACACAUAACAUGCAGAAAAAGAUUUUUAAUUGUUUGUGUGCCUUCAUCUUAUUGCAGCUCUUGAAAAUUAUAAAAUUCGUAGUAAACAGAAGCAAAAGGCCUAUAGAGCCGAGCUGUAGGACAGCUCUGUGGUCACGAAAGGUCCUCAGGGCUGCAGCAAAGUGCAGUGCUCAGACCCAUUCGAAGUACGCCCUACUGCAGUGAGUCAAGUAACCCAGCAUUGCUGCCAUUGAAGGAGUAACCAGAGUCUUCUUCAAAGCAGAAGGAAAUGCUGUGGAAGCUUUGCUGUGGGCUUUUCUGUAGCCAGUGUGGUGCUUAAGGAGGUUGCUUCAGUUGCAGCGCAGGGCCCGCUCUCGGUUUGAGGCACAGUACUGCAGGGAUCAGUGCUCGCUGUCGUGCCGGGCUGCAGCCAUUUCUGGAAGUUGCAGUGCCAUUUGCAUGGCAAUAUCAAACCAAACUCAUAUGGCUUGCUUCCUUUUUUUAAUUAACUGGGAAUGCCAGUGAUCCAGUGAAGUUUGUGUUGCUGGAUAAAAGGGCCGGUCUGUGAAUAGCAUUGUAUUUGCCAAAUGGUUCGCUAGUCAUUUCAGUACAAACAAAUGGAUGGUGUCUGUAAGUCUGCAAACACUGUUGACAUUUAGCCUUGUUUAUGUUACUUUCCUUUUGCUGCAUAUUUUUGGCUAGAAAAGAUACUGUCUGAAUCAACAUUGACUUCCUAAGCAGAAGCUAAGGACCCAGUCUUGCAUCCCUCUUUCUCGAUGAGUGGGACUACUUACAUGACUAAGGAUUGCAGAAUCAGGUCCUGUGUUUAUUUGACUUUAAAUUUUGUUGCUAUAUUCAUGUAAUUUAAUUUCAUUGUAUUUUUUGUUUUGUUUUGUUGUUGUUGUUUUGGGUUUUUUUUGUAUCAGAAAUUGGUCUGGCGAUAAGUUUGAUAUCACUGUUUUGAUCACUGUUGGAAACUUAUUUCUUAGAGUUUUUUCAUAUUGCGGUGUAACGCUCCCAUUCCAUUCAUGUUUCUGGAAGUUAACCCCUAAAAUAUCUGAUACAGCCGAGCUCUGAGUACCUCCUAUUCCCAGUGAAAGUGGAGGCAUUCAGUCCCUCCCAGCGCCAGAUCUGAAAGGGGGAUUGUGUUUGCAAAAGAAGGCCUCGGAAUGUGCCUCGAUUUCAGACAUCAGUGGCCGGCCGCACCAGGGCAAAUCCCCAGCACAGAAAGGCUUUUCUUUUCUUUGCAGAGACAAAAUAAUGAUGUAAGCUUAGAGCUGUAUGAUUUUGCUCUGAGUUCCAUCUCCUGAGCAAUAUAUUCUUAUUGUUUUUUGCCGUAUCCUGGUCAAAUUUAAACUGUAGUUUAGGAUGGGGCAGAAGCACGGAGAAGUUUCCAAAUCUUGGCAAAGUGAGAUAAUGCUCUGGUUUGCGUUUCGGUCAGGAAUAUUUUUGUGUUUGUGUCUGAGUUGUAGCAUUUCCUACAUCUACACAUACACGUGAACAACUUAGACAUCCUUUUAAGUCAAAACUAAGUGUACGAUUAAUACCUAUUAUGAGGCCAAUUUUAAACAAUUAAUUUGACGGCGAGUAUAAUUUUGUUUUACAGGCUUUCAGAAAUAAAUAACCAAAUUCAUCUUUGUAAUCUAAAGAACUUAGAAUAUCUUUAUGCUGAGGUGAUCUUGUUAUGCAUAGUGUUGCAUAUCUGGGAUUUCUGGGGUUUUGUCCCUCGUAUCUAGAUACUUGUAGUGCCGGGGACGAAUAAUUACCUGAGGCUUAUUAAUUGUUUCAGCAAAGGAAAAAAAAUAUAUACCUUAAGUGUAAGCAUUAAUAUAUGUAUACACAAAACAUCCACAGUAUAUAACAAACCAUCAUAAUAGUACAAAAAUAGAGGUCCUGAAUAUGUUCUGUUAUUUAUGUGUUUGGCAAGCUUAGGGAAUGGACUUUAGUAUGAGUGAAAAUUCUCUUAACAUUUUUAAGGUUAUUUAUUGUCAUUUCUAUUUGAGUUUUUAAUGGUCCUGUAUUUUGUAAUGCUUUAGCAGGAAAAAAAAUACUGUAGUUAUCUUUUUUCAUAUUCUUUAAGCAAUAUUUCUAGCUUAAUAUAUUGUGCCAGGUUUUCCAAUAUUAACCAAGAAAGACAGUAAAAUUCAAUGAACAGCACUCUGACAUCCACAAUUUAAAACCUGUGACUGAAGUGAAAUGUGUAAACUUCUAGUGGGUUAUCAUGUGCUUUGGAAUAGAGUAUUGUUGGAAGUAAUUAGAAAAUAUAUUAAGGUUUCCUGGUAAUGAAGGUAUGUAAGUUUUAAUAAUUGUUGCUUUCUGAAUAAGUGUCAAACUAUAUCUUUAAAUGUAUAUGGAGUUACAAGUUAGGUCACUUCUGAAUGGAAUGUAAAACAAUACUAAAAUGCUUCAAUAACUUAUCUCAGUGUUGCUAAUAAAAAAAAAGCUGUUAACCAUUA